AGGUAAUAAAAAUAGGUUAGUAUUACAUAACCACAAUAAACAAACUUUACAACAAAAGCUUAGCAACUAAAAUUAUGUAUCCAAAAUUGUUAGUCAAAUAAUCCACAUAUGGAAUAUAAAUGCCAAUUAGUAGUAGCGCGGCUACUGUUGAAAAGAAGAAAGCAUUUAAAUUACAAAAUCAAGUAAAAAGUAUUGAUCAUAAUGAGCGACAGGCUGAAAAGAAUCUUUUAAAGAUAGGUCCUGCUUUGCCAGGAAAAACCAAACGCAAUUUUUAUGUUAGAUCACAUAGUACUUUAAAUGCAUCUGCUAUUACAAAAAUACAUGAUACUCCAGUCUUUUGUGAAGCAGUUACUUUACGUACACAUUCUGAUGGAUUGUUACACGUAUCACGAGUACAAGAAGAAAAAGAAACACAUCCUGAUAGGAUUAGUUUAGAUAGACGUGGACUGAACUCAAUUCCAAUUAUUGAUGGAGAGCCCAAGCUCCGUCUGUUAUCUAUGCAACAUAAUUUAGUUACUACUUUAGAAAUGAUUGCAAAACAGUCAUUUCCUACCUUAGUUUUUUUAGAUAUUUAUGACAACCAAUUAGAGCAGAUCCAGUACUUAGAUGAGUUGACAAACUUAAGGGUUUUGUUAAUGGGAAAAAACAGAAUUAAAAAGAUAGAAGGACUAGAUAAUCUUACAAAUGUAGAAGUUCUUGAUCUUCAUGGCAACCAAAUAUCCCAAGUUGGAGGUUUAUCAAGUUUAACAAGUUUGAAAGUGCUUAAUUUGGCGGGUAACCAAAUUCGAAUUAUUGGUGUUAAAGAUAUAGAAGGCCUGCAAUCUUUACAAGAAUUAAAUUUGAGAAGAAAUAGGCUAAAGAAAUUGCUUGGAUUUGCUGAAGUUCCUAAUUUAGUUAAAUUAUUUCUUAGCAAUAAUGAUUUGCAAUGUGUAGAAGACAUAAGCAGUUUAGCCAAAUCUUCAAAUAUUAAAGAAAUAUCAAUAGACAAUAAUCCAGUAUUAUUGGGAGGAGACUGUAUAUCUUUUUUGGUAUCUUAUUUACCUCUUCUAAAUAAACUCAAUUCAAUGCAAAUAACUGAACAAGUGCGAAAAGCUGCCAUGGCAUGGAGAAGAAAUAAAGAAGUCUCCAAUUCCACAUUUAUGGAUCUCACCAAUGAUGUCUCAUUAACAUGUCGGCGAGAAGAAGUUAUCUCUAAUGCUAGAACAAACUGGGAAUUUUUAAGGUCGCAAACAAAAUGUUUAACAAACAAUGGAAAUGUUGUUGAAAAAAGUUUAAAAAAUCUUAAGCCAGAUUUAGAUUUUAUUAUGACUCCUUUACGUAAAUCUACAUCUACUCCUAUUAGACCAGUUAAAUCAAAGUCAUGUACGAAAGUUCCUGUUUUACCUGAUAAAAAGUUUAAUCUAUUAAGAACCUCUUCUCAAGAAACUGAAAAUUCUCAGAAUACUUCAUCUUCAAACGAAUAUUUUAAACUACCUCCUAUAUUGGUACCUAUUAUAAACAAAAUGGAAGAAAAAUCUUCAGAUCAAGGAAAACCAGGUAGUCUUACUAGUGUUGGUCCCAAUAUAGACAGUUCUGUCAGUUCAGUGGCAAGUAGUAGUGAAGUCGAUGCUGCUGAAACAACAUGUUCAUGCAUUUCUAAAGAAUCUGAUUCAGAUAAUGAAUCAGAAUGUGAUGUUGAUAUUAUAGCAGACGAACUAAUGAAGAAAAUUCCGCAAGAUGAUUCUUUAGUAAAAUCUACUGACUUUGAAGAAUGUAGAAUAAAAAAUUGUGGAUCGGCCGAUACUUCUAGUGUUCUAUCUGGAGUAACCACACUCUCAAAUAUUUCAAACCCAAGUAAUUCUAGUGGAGAGAAUCUUAGCAAGACUUUUACAAGAAAUAUUAGAAGUGCCGUGCACAGUAAGACGAUACCAACGAAAUGCCUUUCUAGAGCAGUUACUGCCAAGACAAAAAAACAGAGUUCUCCCGCUUUGCCAAAAGAUAGAGAACAAGGUGGUGAUUACCUUAUAGAAAUUUGUGGCAGACAUUUAAAUGUGUAUGGACAAGGCGCGUUAAGAUUUAUUGACAAAAUUUGGAACGUCAGUAAGGCACAAGAUGUCACAACAAUAAAAUUUAAUUACGUUAACUUUAACAGCGUAACUGGAGUACUGAGCAAAAUUAAACAUAGAUUUCCUAAUGUCGGACAUUUCGUAUUCAAAGAAACUAAUAUCACUUGCUUGGGACAGUUAAAUGCCCUAGCUGAAACUCAAGGUCUAACUUCAUUGUGUAUUGACCCUGAAGGAAAUGCAAUUUGUGAGAAAAAGUGGGAAAGUUAUGCCAUUUUCAGAUUGGCGCAUUGGGGAUUAAAAAACAUAAAUGAAAAAGAGAUAACUGAAACCGACAUAAAAGCAGCGAAUGAUGAAUAUCAAGGCCUAAGCGAUUUAGUUCUUUGGUCUCUUCCCGACAGUCUUCUACAACCGCUCUUGGUGCGUAUGAGAAUUGACAUAAGCAACAACGCUUUCGAUCAAGAUGCGAAAAAAUGGUUACUUAAUGCAGAUCCAGACUUAAAAAGUGUUAUCAGUAAGGAGGCGCUUCAGUGGAAGAAGCCUUCACUCUCACAGGAAGAAAAUACUAUUCGAUAUAAGGCAAAACAACAAAUUUCCCAUGUACUCGACGAUAUGGCCAAUGCGAUGAAUAAGUUAGUGAUAUUGGAUGAACAAUGGCCGAAUAUACUACACAACUUUAUUCAAAAUAACUUACUGGAUUACUCACAGUUAGAUUUAUAUAUGAAGCAAAAAAUGCAAGAAUUGAGUAAGUGAUACACACUGCCAUGUACUUCAAGGAAACUAUAAUUAGCUGAUGGAUUUUUUAAUUUAUAACAAAUGGUCUUACAAUUGUUAGGUUAUAGAAAAGAAGCUAAUAAACAUUUAUAAUUCAAAAUAAUACGUAAUAUUUUGUUACAUAACUAAAAACUACUUAUGUUUUUCUGCUAAAAAUUCUUAAAAUUAUAAGUUUAAACUUAAAAUAUCGAUUUUUCUGCUUCUAACAGUAAUUUAAACUCCCAGGUGAAUUGUACUUUUACAAAGUACUUGCAUUUAUAUAUGACAAAUACUUGUGCCUGCCCUGCACCAACAUUGCGCCAAUAAUUAAUUAGUAAUUAACUAAUUACGUAGUUUUGAAUUAAAAACAUUAGAAAAAUCAUAAAAUGUCAAGUAAUGUCUGGCAAAUAUUCAAUGAAACUAUAAAUCACAAAUCACUCUACGUAAGUAGCCAAAAGUAGCCGAAAUCACGUGUCUAUCAUGCAUUCUCGGAAAUUUUGCAUUCGAUCAUUGGCGGCGCGUAAGAAAAUAUGUUUCCUUGCUGAUCACUAUACAUUGUAACAAUA